CCCACCCCGCCCCUCCCUCACAGCCAGCUGAUCCAUCUCAUUUCAUCCUCUGAUGUCGUCCUCGUCUGUCUUUUGCUUUUUCUCUCUCUUUCAGGCCAGUUGUCCAUCCAUUGUCCUACAUCAGAGUCUCUUCUCGACUUCCCUCUCUUGCUUUUUCAUCCUCUCUCUGGAUCUGGGUUAGGAUCAGGGAUAUGAAGCAUCACUAUGGGUUUCAUGGAGUUCUACCUGGAAAUUGACCCCGUCACCCUGAACCUCAUCAUUCUGGUCGCCAGCUAUGUCAUCCUGCUCCUGGUCUUCCUGAUCUCUUGCAUCCUCUACGAUUGCCGAGGCAAGGACCCCACCAAGGAGUAUGUCCCUGACAGUGCGCCGGUGCCGCCCAGCCAGUCACCCAUACGCCUGGUAGUCAUGCAGAACUCACCCACCUCGGGCCGAAGUGUGCCCAACAACACAUCAGGCCAAGUUGAGCCGCCGACACCAGACCUGAGUCGGGACAGAGCAGAGAGGGAGAAGAGGAGUACUCUGGUGUGAGGAAGAGGAGGGUGGCAACCAUGAAGUGCUGCUGUAUCACUUUGUACUGUUUUUAUUUUGAACUCAUUUUUAAUUUUGUGACUGUGUGGAUGUGUUAACGGUAUGCUGUGGAGUCAACAAGAGGUUUUCCCAGGAUUCAUUUGCCUGUGAUGUCAGUGGAGGGAAUUCCCAUCCGUCCUGCAGCAGCGAGGUCACAGCAGCACCAGAAGCUCAAGAUUCUGCGUCAGACUUAUCAGGAGCUUCAUCAUCAGCCUCAUCAUCUCCAUACCCUGUUCAGUUUGUAUUCUCAGCCUCAAACUGAAACAGGAAGUGAGUUUUACUACAAAGAACCAGAAAAGAGAUGGUGAUCAGCUGAGGCGACACAGCAGCAUCCAUCCUGAGAGACUGACAGUGCUUCAUGUUCAGGAUGGAUGCUAAAGUCAACAUGGUUUCUGUCAGUUAACUCCAGAAACCAGCAGAAGUUACAAGGGGUCAGAUGGACACUGAUUCCUUAAGAAAAACCAGAAACAAGUUAUUUUAGAAUUUGCUCAAAUCUCAUAGUUUCAUCCUUUACCAGCGGAUUCACCUGUGUGAUUACUUUCAUGUGGGGCAAAGUCAUUUAGAAAACAUGGCCUCUGUGGCUUCAGCUGGUGGAAGGGAAAGGGAAUAGUUUUCAUUUUGAAUGUAGUAGCAAUAUGUUUAAUUUAAAACAGGUUUCCUUCCUGCUCCAGAGAUCUGGUCUUGAAUAUGUUUUUCAUGAAGCUCCUCAGGUAGAGCAUUGAGAAAAAAAACAGUCACCGUGAAAUGUAGUUUUUUUUUUUUUUUUUUGAAGAAGAAGAGACAAGAAGGUCCGUCUUCAUCGGCGGUGGGGACUUUACUUCACAUCAAACGUUUUUAACAUUUAACAUAGCUUUUCUGAUUCAAGCAUUUCUUGUUUUCAGUUUAAGGUCAAAUACAAAUAGUGGUUUUUGCCUCAUCACUGAAAUGUUACUGUUUCUACAAAAUCCAAACAUGUCAUGCAAUUUGUUUGAGUUCUGAAACAAUCAGAACACACGGAGGUGAAGGACAAAGCCACGUGUCAUCACCAGCUACAGCUGGAAUGUUCCUGCUGAACAUGCUGAAGACCAACCAGAUUCCGUGAAUCCAGUUUAUAAACAUCCCAGAACAUCCAGAAACAGGGUCCGUUGGAAUCUCCAGUCCAUGUUCAUCGAGAAGCAAAAGAUCCACUUCAGCAUCUUGGUGUUGGACUACAGAGACUCUGUUCAUAGCAUCAUGGAACAAACCAGUCCAUUAAAAUGGCAGUGUGUAGUUUGCUGGCACUAGGGGCAGUACAUACAUUUCAGGGUAGUUUCACACCAGAUAGCCGUGACUGUUCCUAAUUUUAAAAAAUACGGUACGGUAAAUGUUUUUACCUGUGGAGCGGAAAGCACGAUGCAACCUUGGUGUGACCCCUCAGACUGAGACGGUCCUUCAGUUAAUUCCAUCGAGAGAAUGCGAUGCUGAUGCUAGUUUUCUGGCGCUGUAGUUUCUGGAUCUACUCAUGGUCCUGCGCUUGCUGAUGACAUCAUCACACCACAGCAAUACCGCUUGGCCAAAAUAUUUAGCAUCUCUAUUUUAAGUCUGUUCUUUCACAUAUGUUUUGGAAAGAGUUUGGCAGUUUUGUUCAAAUUCAUGUUUCUUACUCCCUAAUUGUUUUUGAACGUGGUAACAUGGAGUCUAAUAUGGCGUCCCCUAGACUCAUGCCCUAUGUACUUUAAAUGCAAUAUUUAUGAUAAUAUUGUACAAAUCCACCAA